ACUAGGAUGUCCACAUCGAGAAGGAAAGCGAGGGUGAGAGAUGGCGAGAGAGAAAAGGAGCAUGAAGCGUCCAGAGUGAAAGGAACACGCAACAAAGAGAAGAAGAAAAAGACAAAGACAAUGGAAAGGACCCCUUGGCCCCAUGCAAGCCAGGAAUGGGGUAGAAGGUGGUGUUUAGCUAGGGUGAGAACACCUACUUUUCCACAGACAGAGCCUCACAUGGUGAAGCACACACUCUGGGUGUCCCACGCCCACUCUUGCUGACAAGGCAGGGAAAGACUAACAACCCGUGGCAGCAAUGUCUCUCCUGUCCUUAACUGCCCCUCCCGGCUGGAGCAUGUGCUCUGCUCUUUAUAUCCUCAUUGUGUUGCUCCCAGAGGCCAAAACAGACGGCCUGAACGCUACCAUUAUCCGCAACGGUGGGGGCUCCCAGUGUGGGGAGUACACAAACCAGGUGAUGGAGAAUGGGAUGUGUCGCCUGGUGGCCACACUGCCUCAGCUGGACGAGCGUAGAUGCCCCGAUAUGUUUCGCUGCACAGACGAGGUCUCUUACUGGCUGCAUGAGAAUGAGGAGAGGACGCAGCAGAUCAUGGCGCUGAAAGAGACCAUCUCUGAGCUGCAGGAGGAGCUCAGGAACCAUCGGCAUCGUAUCAAAGUCCUCGAGCUGCAGAGUGAAGAGAGGGUCCACUUGAACGUCUCCUUGGAGCAGCGUUUUCAUGAGUUGGAGCUGCACUACGCUGAAGCCACUACCCUGCUGCACUUACAGGGGACUCUGAUCCUAGACCUUCAGAACCAACUCCAUAAUCUGACACUUCUGGUGGAUAAAGUAAAAAGAAGCCCCGGCUGUUUGAUCAACAUCGUCCGACCCAAUCCUCUCAUGAAUGCUCACGAUGCGCUGCACCCAGAGAUACAGCAUGUGAGGAACUGUCCUAUAGACUGCGCCUCUAUCUACCACAAUGGUGUCAGGAGAUCUGGCCUUUACACUGUGGUGCCAUCACUGGCAGGGAUGCCUGUGGAAGUCUAUUGCGAUAUGGACACAGAUGGUGGUGGCUGGACUGUGAUUCAGCGGCGAUUUGAUGGCUCAGUGAGCUUUGACCGCAACUGGAGGGACUACAGGGAUGGAUUUGGUGAGCUGCACUCAGAGUUCUGGUUAGGCAAUGACCACAUACAUGAUCUGAGUACCCAGGGAGACUACAGCCUGCGGAUUGACCUGGAAGACUGGACCAACAAACACAAGCAUGCCCUCUACCAGAGCUUCAGUGUGGAAGAUGAGGAGCAUCAGUACCGUCUCCAUGUGUCAGGCUUCAGUGGUACGGUUCAGGACUCUUUCAGUUGGUAUCACGAUAAGCAGGGCUUCAGUACACCAGACAGUGGAAACAUCUGCGCUGAGAUCUCACAUGGCGGCUGGUGGUAUAACCAGUGCUUCUACGCCAACCUUAAUGGAGUCUAUUACAGGGGAGGCCAUUACACUCCCAAAGGGCGAGGGCCGCUGGGUCCAGAUGGAAUUGUUUGGCACUCCUGGAAAGACUCUGAUUAUUAUUCCCUACGCAAAGUCAGCAUGAUGAUCCGGCCACGCAGCUUCCAAAGCCGCUCGUCACCAUAACAAUGGUGAGGACACGGGAACUGGCGUCCUUGGCAGCAUUUGUAGGGAUGAAGAUAUCUGAUGAUGAGGACGAUGAUGAUUACACUUUAUUUUAUGCUCAGGAAACGUUUUGUGUGUGGAGCAGACCUACCCGGUAACCUCUUUGCUUUUAAAUGUUAUGUGACUGCGGCUGAUAUCCAUGUUGUAUUGUGUGAAUAUAAACAUCAUCCUGUUCAAUGAUUAUUUCUUUUCCCCCACUCACUCCUGGUAAGUGAAUUCUUCCUUGUUUUAUACUUCUUUUUGUACUAUAGUUUGUUAACGUUGACAUGUAAAAUACCAGCCAAAAUGUAUUUGUGUGAUGACAAGGUUUCUUCUAGCCACCAUGUGGAGACAACCUGCAACUGGAAAGAAUCACAUGACACAGUUUGCUGAAAGCUCUGCAUGUAUGUGCUUAUUCCAUAUUUGUAAUCACUCUAUUGCCAGUUUUAUUAUUUUGGAGUUCUUCUACUGUUUUAAUCAAUGGAAAAAAAAAACACUUUGAAAUAAAAAGGGUUUGAUAUUACUAAACAAAGUCACUUAAUAUCUGAUACAUGCUACUGUCUCAAAGUAUUAGGUCAUGUGCUAUCUGAAGACUCCAUAUACAUACACAUUAAUGUAUGAACUGUGCAAUAAACACUAUAUAUACUUAUAAAAUGUGGCUUAAAGACAUGUUUCACAUUCAGAAACUAGAAGCAGAGCAUCCCCUGUCCUCAACUCUCCAUCAAGGUCUGAUCUGCAAUGCAUUCUAAGCAUCUUACAUCAUGUGCAGGGCAUUAUAAUACAUUUAUAACACAUUCCACAAGUGUUUAAAUUGACAGCUUUUAACGAGCUCUAGAAAAAAUUACCAUUGUGGGUCAUAAUUUAUUAGAACUUAAUAAUGCUUUAUACCUUUAUUCCAAACAUUCUGCAUAGCAUGCAAUAGUGUUAUAUGGAGUUAGAAGAGACAUUACAUGACUUUGUCAGCUUUAAGUGACAGCACUGUGUGUGUUUAUUAACAGCUGUCAAUAACACAGUUAUUAAUACUUACACUUCUUUUUUCGGGGGGAUGCAGUAAUUACAGCUAAAAAAAAAAAAUACAAUUAUGUAAUUGCCAAGUGUUUGUUUUCAAGUGACACAAUCGAAUCAGUCUCUGUGGCCAUGGUGCCAGAAAGAGGUAGUACUGAGCAGCAAAUGUGCAGCAGAGCACAUGAGCAGGAUGUGAGUUGGAAAUUAGACUGUGUAAUGCAGGACUCAGACUCCUACAGUUGGCACUUUACAGCCUGGAGUCCUGAAUGCACAGCACUUUCUAUGCCUCAUAAGUUAUGCAUGACUAUAGACAUCUUUUUUAAUGGCAUGGCAUUCAUUGCUGUAUAAUCAUUCUACACAUAACACAUUCUGUGUUAGUUACUUACAUCGUAUUGAUUUAAACCUGGGGUUUCCACAGACCAAUAGCAUUUCAUGUUACUAUAGUAUGAUAAUAUGGUAUGUGUUUAGCAUAUAUAUUCCCAAAAAGCCUCGGGAUUGCAAAAUAUCAGUUCAAAUUCUUGCAAAAACUGGAAAAUAAUUCUGCAAGCUUUCUACAUGGUCUUGUGAAGCAAUAAACACACUGCGGAUUAUUCCAUUUGAUAAGAUCUAUUCAUAUAGCCACUGUGGCCUACAUGAACAACUGCACCUGAUGGCAGCGUGAAAUGAGAGCAGGGUAAAAAGGGCUCUUUCACUUCCUUCACUACAAGAAUUCACAAAAUGCACUCUUCACACAAGCUGCCAGCUCAUUCCCAUUCCUGUCCAUAUCUACGCAAGAAUCUGCUGCAGCGAAUAAAGGCUUUAGUGUGAGGAAAUCCGGGUGCGUAGUGCGCCGUCCACUCCGAGUCAGAGAACAAGAUGAGGGCUCUUUCAAAACACACAAAGACACACACACACGCAAUAAAUGACAUCCUAAUGAGUACAAAUCAUUGUUUAAUAAAUCAAACUGAAUUUUUGCUUCUUUUUAAAUGACACGUGUAUUGCAAAUAGUUCUAUACAUAACAUAUCAAUUACAAGAAACCCCUGCUAGGUGCAGUAGAAUUAUAUAUUUUCUAACAAAGAGUGAACAAGAUUAGAGACUGAUUUGAAAACUGGGCGGUGAUAAGCAAAAACAAGAACAUGGUAUAAUUCAUGGCUCUUCCGAACUCCUCUAAUAGUACAAAUUCUUACAGAUGACUUUACUCUUGUACCAUCAUGUCAAACACAAUGACUGCGUCAAACAAGGGCAAAUAUUCUUUCGAAGUACUGAGAGAAAAUUAACUAGUGUGGCAGGGAAGCACUGAUCCAAUGACUUUUAGUUUAAAUGUUUAAAAAAAAAAAAAAAAAAAAGAACAGAAAAGAAAAAAAGACUCAUUCCAGAUUCUGUUUCUUAAAAUGCAAACUGCAGUGUGUGAGUAUGCAGGAGCUUUGGGGUGCCAACCAGGU